UUCAUUGCUUAUUAGUUGGCGAUUGCCGUUAGCGGGGACUGGAGUUUGGAGAGUUCAAAUUGCGAAAAGUGCUUUAAUUUUAUUUAAUUGUUGCAUUAUAAUUGAAUUGAAAUGUUAAAAAAGUGGUGUAAAUUUGUGUUUCUUACAUUCCUAAUAGUGCUUACAAUCUUGCCUCAAAGUGAAACCUCCGUAGUUCGCCUAUUAACAGAGACGCUGCAGAAUAAUGUGGCUGGUGAACCUAUAACGCACGUGCGCACCGAAUGGGAUUUUGACCCGGAAGUAAGCCAGAAACGACGCGCGCUCUUCUAUGAGGCCAAUGGUUAUCGUGCAGCCAAAUUUAUUGAGCGUAUCGGCUUGGGACUCGAUGGACAUGAAGAGGAGCGGCGAGCAGAGCAGCAGGCGCGUGAUGUUGGGCGGCUCAAUGGCGAACAUAAUAUCAACUUUCCAUCACAAUCGCAUGCGCAGUUCGAAUAAGGGAGAAUGAUGAGUGGAAAAUUAUGUCUCUAAUAUAGGAAUUUAAUAUUAAAACGUAGCUCGUUAAUCAUGAAGACAAAUAAAAAGCGAAGAAGUCAC